AUGCGUCUUGGGAGGAUAUUGCAGGGCUACCGCAAAGUUCAUCCAAAAAAUCUUCGGGAAGCGCCGCUUGCCCUGGCGGAGGUGCACCGUGGAAAUGAGGGGAAAGGAAUAGGACCGAUCGUGCUUGAGAAUUUGGAUGCUGCCGUCCAGAUGACUCCGAAUUUCUCUGUCACUGGCCGACAACUCUGGAACUCCACAAAAUUGUUGCGUGAAAGUCGGCACAUGCGUCGCUCCUUUGGAGCAUGUGUGUUCGGAGGAGCAAGUGCCAUUCAGCACGUGUGGCGAGACUACAGGAUCCAACCGCACGUUGUAUACGUCCCGAAUACAGAGCCCACAGUUCCCGCGUGGUGUCUGGAGGAUGAGCUUCCCACGUGUGUCGUUUGCUGUUCCCCUGUAGACAUCAACAAAAGUUUGCUGAGUGCGGAGCGAGGGGACGGUUAUGCGGCAGAGUUCCCCACACCAAAAACCCACUCGUUGGAAACAUUUCUAGGCGCUCACAAGCCCUCACGUCUUGGAUCCGUGUUAGUGUUGGUGGGCCUUCGAAUCCCCAGUAACGUCGGUGUGCUCAUUCGGGCGGCGGUGGAUAUGGGAUUCGAGAGUGUUCUCCUUGACGACUGCGUGGACAUUUUUCAUGAAAAGGUUCUCCGAGCUAGUGGAGGGAGGGUUUUUUCCCCAAACAUCAAAAUUUUUGAAACACAUGGCGCAUCCAUACCCCUCCUAAGCUCCAUCGCGCUCGAAAAUCAGCUUCUGCCGUUGUUAGCCCUGCCCUCUCGGGAGGCGGAGCCAGCAUUUCAAGUGGCCAGGCGUUUGCACGAAUCAAACGCGGCGAGGCGCCGGAAUAGGGAUCCCGAUGCUGGUUCUACGGAUGACCAUUUAGGCCCUAUGUUGGUUCUGGGCUCCGAGUCGAAAGGCCUUCGGGGCCUUGAGGGGGAAUGGACGGUGCCAUACCGUGCGGUUUCUAUCCCCUUGCCGAAUUCCUUUAUCGACUCCAUCAAUGUAAGUGUGGCCGGAUCGGUGCUUCUUCAUGCCUUCCGUCCUGCCGCGGAGAAGUACAUCGCUAAAACGACAGAAGCGCUGUUGAAUGCGUGCUCCGCCGCAGGAAUCCAGCCCCUCCUUGCGAAAGAAGGAUGGGAAACAGGGGAAGAAAAAUAA